AUGGUGAACGUUUCAAAAUUUGAAAAUUUACCUAAUGAAUUAAUAAUUGAAUGUUUGGAAUAUUUAAAUAUAUUUGAUACUUUUCAUUCAUUCAAUGGAUUAAAUGAUCGUUUGGGCAAACUUAUUCGAACUAUAUCAUUACAUCUUAAUUUUACUCUUGUUAAUAAAAAACGACUUGAACAUUUUUGUCAACAUAUAUUAUUAUAUCCCGAAACAAGGCAACAAAUUUAUCCACUACGUUUAUCGAUUUAA